AUGGCUGAUUCCAAGCCGCGCCAACGGAAAUUUGCGCCACGAUCCAGAACGGGGUGCUUGACAUGUCGGACGAGGCGCAAGCGAUGCGAUAGCAACCAUCCGCAGUGUGCGAACUGCGCACGCCUGAAUCUGGCAUGCGAGUGGCAACCUCAGCGAAAGAUCGUCGUCGAGUCGUCUUCCAGUUCUAGUUCGAGCUCGAGUGCGACUGAGCCCAGUUCGGACCUUCGGGUCACGGGACCUUUGCACUCCACUCUCGACUAUUGGGACAUCCUGCCGUGUGACCUCGACACAGCCUCUGAGCAGAAGCACAUCCUUCAGUAUUAUGUCGAAGCAUACAUACCAAGUAUAUCAGUCGCGACGAGCGCAACCAAUUACUACACAUCACUUUAUAUGCCAUGGGCCUUCCAAAUCAACGGCAUGCUCGAUGUCAUUUUGGCCAUCUCAUCCGCCCAGCUAGCUCGUCGCGUAGUGGAUACAGAUCGCUCUGCACAUCUCAAAGCAGUAUCGAGGAAGCACGAAAACCGCUGCUAUGCAUUCAUCAAAGAGAGAAUCUCCGAAUCGGGAGAACUGCGGGAUACGUACCAGGUCAUUGCCAUCAUCCUGAUACUUGUCGGUCUGGAGGCACUGAACGGAAGCACUUCCACGCGAUGGAUAUCACAGCUGAAGUCUGCUCAAAGACUGCUGAACAGUAUACCUCUCGAGCAAAGCAUAGCCGACUGCGUUGAGGUGGAUUCUUUGCACCGACACUUCACCUACCAUUUCGCAUCAGCUUCACUUAUGGCUCGGGUAGGUCAAACACCAUCGAGCUCUUCUGUCGAACAAGACCUGGCCUCCAUCACCAGCGCACUGAUGCCCAUGACGACCAUAGAUCCGCUAAUGGGGAUUUCGUACCAGCUAUGCGACCUCAUCGCUAGAAUUCAAUACGUUACGUCGAGCAAUUCAGCGUUUCCACAAAUCACCGAAGCCUCAUUCCAGUCUAUCGAAAGUGGCAUCAUGACCUGGACGUACGAUAGUCCAUUCAGUCUCGGCGUUGACAUCACCAUAGCCCUCGACCUGAUCGCACUGGCUGAAGCGUACCGCUUAGCUGCACUUAUCCAGCUCUACCGUAACUCCCCAGCACAUACCUCACGUAUACCUGGUUGCGCUUCGCGCGCUAUGGAAUUCAUCGCUCGCAUACCACCUGGAAGUCCGGCUGAGUCCAGUUUGCUUUACCCGAUGUUCUUGGCCGGUGCAGAAUUGAAUGACCCACAAGCUACGGAUAUGUGCACUAAGCGACUUGAAAGUAUCCAAGGAAGAAAUCGAUACGAAAAUGUUGGUAUGGUGCAAAAGGUGCUGAAGGAAGUUUGGCGCUCGAGGCAAGAAUGUGGGCAACGCAAAGACUGGGAGGAGGUAUUGAAAGAAUGGAACUGGUCAUUUACAGUGGGAUGA